CAGCUUCGCGCUUUGAAUUGUGGGUAAGAAGCAUGUCUGCGCCCUGUCUUCACACCGAGAAUCACCUUCCAUAAAUUUAAUAAUUGAUUUGUCUGUAUAUUGUGGCUUCAAAAAGACAUAAUCAAUAAUUCUGAAGAUGUCUGAAUAUACGGAGAAGAAGAGCAUCGCCGGGAAACCCCUCACCAGGGCGGUGAUCAAUGAGAUGCUGGCGAAGAAUUUCGAGAAAUUACCCGAGAUAGAUCAGAAAGUUUUCAAUUACGGACUUUUCUAUCUGGGGGGAAACGCUGGUCUUGCAGGACUGGUGUCCAACAGCUUGUAUCGCAGAGCUCUGAAUGUGAGGCAGGCGCCCUUCUCCUCCAGCCUGCCGAUGGCCGUGCUGCCCUUCGUGACGACGUGCGCCCUGUACAACGCCACGGUGACCACCCCACUCCUGUACGGAGACCUCAACUGUCCCACCUGCGCCCUGAUUCGAGGGGCGCUUGUCGGGGUGUUCGGUGGUGCGGUGUACCCCGUCCUCCUAGCCUUACCUUUGAACAUCGGCCUCGCCUCCCGGUACUCCACGACACCGAUGCCGGAGAAGGGCGCCCUGCUGCGUUUCUCCGUGGACAUCUCCAGACCAGUGCUGAGUAAAAUGAGGGCAGUCGUGUUGCUGCAGGCCUUCUUCGGCACCUACCUGGGGUCCAGGAAUUUUGAAACGUAUGCCAAACUGGCUAAGAUAACAUAUGGCCAGGGUCGAGAGGAAUUACAAGACUAAGAUGUACUGAAUUGAACUGAAAUAGAACAUGUGGUUUGGCGUUGGUGUAAAAUGCGAGGACGAUUUUACGUGGAAUAUAUGGACUGGAGUUUUUUCUGGAAAUGAAAGAUAUGUGAGCAGCCUUUGUCAGUUUGCAAGGUUUGCUCCUUUGCUGAAAUAAAUCACCCGCAUAAAUUCACUUGUUUUUGUGUGCACGGAGCAAAUGUGAACCCGCUUUCAUACAUUAAAGAAAUUUGUGAUUUUGUGGAAUCAUUUAAA